UGCCGUCGCCGUCCCGUCCCGCCGCGCCUUCUGCUUCCGCUCGCAGCUCCGCCGUUCGCCGCGGCAAGAACAAGAAGGCAGUGGCCGUUCAAAGAACCUCCGGCUCGCCCGUCCGCAGCUGCAGCUGCCCGCUCAUCUUCUCGCUCGUUCGUUCGUCAUUCUCACGUCGCGGCCGUCUCCGCCGCGUCGCCGGGUUACGUAAACCUAUAUUAAACUCUGCUCGACGCCCAGCGUCGGACUCGCGCGGACGCCCUCGCCGAGAACGGACUGCACCAUGGCACCUGUGGGAAGCGCUCACGGCUACGAUUAUGACCUGGUGGUCAUUGGUGGAGGUUCCGGUGGCUUGGCAGCUGCCAAGGAGGCUGUGCUCCUGGGGAAGAAGGUAGCUGUUCUUGACUUUGUGGAACCCUCCCCUCGUGGUACCACAUGGGGUCUGGGUGGCACUUGCGUCAAUGUCGGUUGCAUUCCGAAGAAGCUGUUCCACCAGGCCGCCCUCCUCGGCGAAAGCCUCCAUGAUGCUGGUUGCUUUGGCUGGAAUAUCCCAGAAAGGAAAUCAAUUACGCUCGACUGGCCCAAGCUGAGGGAGUCUGUUCAGAAUCACAUUAAAUCAGUGAACUGGGUCCUCAGGGUUGAAUUGCGUGACAAGAAAGUGGAAUACAUCAAUGCCAAGGGUACUCUCAUUGAUGCCCACACUGUUCACGCCAAGCUGAAGAAUGGAACUGAAAAGGAACUGAAGGCGAACCACAUUUUGUUGGCCAUGGGAGGCCGUCCCAUCUACCCAGAUGUUCCUGGUGCUCUUGAAAACUGCAUCUCCAGUGAUGACAUCUUCAGUUUGCCUGAGGCUCCUGGCAAGACUCUAGUCAUUGGUGCUGGAUACAUCGGUCUGGAGUGUGCUGGUUUCCUCAACGAGUUUGGAAUGGAUGCUACUGUGAUGGUGCGUUCUGUUGUCCUGAGAGGCUUUGACCAGCAGAUGGCUAACCUUAUCACUGAAGAAAUGACCUCCAGGGGAGUCAAGUUCCUUCACAAAAGUGUACCUGUUAGUAUGGAGAAGCAAGCCGAUGGCAAGGUGAAAGUUACCUGGAAGUCCCUGGCGGACAAUUCCGUGUCAUCAGAUGUGUUUGACACCAUCCUCAUGGCAACUGGUCGUAGACCCUUGACCCUGGAGGUCAGGGCUGAUCAAGUUGGAGUCAAAUUAGACCCUCAAUCACAUAAGGUUGUCAGUGAUAGAGAGCUGACGAAUGUUCCCAGCAUUUUUGCUGUUGGAGACAUUCUUCAGGGAAAGCCUGAGCUUACUCCUGUUGCUAUCCAGGCUGGCAAGCUCUUGGCUCAGCGUUUGUACAAUAAUGGUAAAACUGAAAUGGACUAUGAUAAUGUGGCAACAACAGUUUUCACUCCUCUAGAAUAUGGUUGCUGUGGAUUGAGUGAGGAGACAGCCAUUGAGAGAUAUGGGGAAGACAAAAUUGAGGUUUACCAUGCAUUCUACAAGCCAACAGAAUUCUUCGUACCUCAGCGUAGCCCAGCUCGUUGCUACAUUAAGGUUGUUUGCUUGCGGAAUUCUCCACAGAAAGUUCUUGGUAUGCACUACAUGGGACCUCAAGGAGGAGAAGUCAUGCAGGGUUAUGCUGCUGCCAUUAAGAUGGGAUUGACCAUGGAAGUUCUCAUGGACACUGUUGGAAUUCACCCCACUGUCUCAGAAGAAUUCACCCGUCUCUGGAUCACCAAGCGCUCUGGUAUUGACCCGACCCCUCAGAGCUGCUGCAGCUAAAUAAUUCUCACUCAUCAAUUCUCUAUUGUGACAUCAUUGAAGUUUUCAGUUUGUUGUGAUCUGAGAACCUCAGUUGGUAUUAUUUGUCUCAAAGAUCCAUCUUGUUCCUUUCAUUGUUUACAUUUAUUUUUGGAGAAGCAAUCACUUAGUGUAAAUGUUAAAACACUGUGUGCACUUCAGUUGUGGAAAUGGUUUAAUUUUAGCACCUAUCUUAUUAGUUGUUGCAAAAUACAUCAAUUUGUGUCGAGGAACACCUAAUUAUUUGCUUCUUUCUCUCUAAAUUAUUUAAAAUAUUUGUCAUUUCACUAAUUCUUUUCCAGUCUAACUUCUAAUCAUAUUAAAGCUUGUUAGGUGCUAAAGCACAAAAUGUCCAUUAAGAUCCAUUUUGUGUAUGGGUUGUCUUUUUUUUUAUUUGUGAAGUUCUGUGUAGGACAAUAUCUAGGUGUCACAUUGUUUUUUAAGCAAGCAUAUGAACAAGUGAUUAUAAUAUUUUUGUGAUAGUGUGAUACGUACUGCAGGGAAGUUAAAAGGCAUUGUUCUGGUUCUUAUGACUUAAUGUUAUUUUUUAAUGUAUUUAAAAAGUUGCUGGUAUCAACUGAUGUGCUAAAAUCUUAAGUGUUUUGGAUGUGAGGUUGUUUUAGAAUGUUAGUGAAAUGAACACUUUUUUUUUGUAUACUGUUGUGGAUGUCACUUACAUUGUCAUCUUUGGAUUGAUUUUUUUUUUAGUGCAUUCAGUAUUGCCCCCUUUUUUUUCCCCAGUAACUUAAAGUAUUUUUGUACUUGUUUCAUUAUUUAAACUUCAUGAAUUGCUUUUAUUAGGAAUUAAAAGUUCUUAUUUUAAAUCUG